UCGUCACUUCGCUCACUCAUGCUCGUCAAGCUCGGCUUGUGCCGCCGGUCUGGUCCAACGCGAAGCUCCCGCAAGCUGCAGUCUACAGCCAUCCAUCGGGCCCAGUCUUGUAGUCUAUACAGCUGUGUGAACUUAUCCCAUCUCUUCAUUUGUGUCUCUUAGCCCAUCGCCUUCGACUCCGUACCAAACCUUCGUCACCACAUAAUCAACAUCCACAAUGGCCAGCGGUUACGAUCGAGCUCUGUCUGUCUUCAGUCCUGAUGGACACGUCUUCCAGGUCGAAUAUGCCCUCGAAGCCGUCAAGCGCGGAACUUGCGCCGUCGGUGUCAAGGGCGAGAAGAUUGUCGUCUUGGGCUGUGAGAAGCGCAGUGCCAUGAAGCUCCAAGAUACACGCAUUACUCCCUCAAAGAUUGGUCUCAUCGACAACCACGUCUGCCUCGCCUUCGCCGGUCUGAACGCCGAUGCCCGUAUCCUUGUCGACAAGGCCCGUCUCGAAGCUCAGAGUCACCGUCUCACCGUCGAAGAUCCCGUUUCCAUCGAAUACAUCACAAAGCACGUCGCUCAGGUCCAACAACGCUACACUCAAUCUGGCGGUGUCCGUCCCUUCGGUAUCAGUACUCUGAUUGUUGGCUUCGACCCCAACAGCACUGAGGCUAGACUGUUCUACACCGAGCCCAGUGGUAUCUACUCUGCAUGGAAGGCAAACGCCAUCGGCCGCUCAUCCAAGACCGUACGCGAAUUCCUCGAGAGAAACCACAAGGAGGGCAUGGAUCGCGAGGAGACUAUCAAGCUUACCGUCAAGUCAUUGCUUGAGGUUGUGCAGACUGGCGCAAAGAACAUCGAGAUCGCCGUCAUGGAACCCGGCAAGCCCCUGGAAAUGCUCAAGGUCGAGGACAUUGAGAAGUACGUCGAGAGCAUCAACAGCGAAAAGCAGGACGAGGCAAACACAAGAAGAGGUCCUCGUGCAGGAGGUGCUGGAGGUGCCGGAGCACAGGGUAGCACGACAGGCCCUGUGGCAGGCACCGAAGCCGUGCUGGCUAGCAGACCAGCAGGCGACGGUAGCGCACCUACAGAGUAGACACGACUUGCAUUUGGGACUACAGCAUUGGCGUUGAACGGCAAACAGAGACCUUUAUGGCUGC